AUCUGCAAUAACGGAGAGUGGUGCUUCAGGGGGAUAAGAAGAGCCCAGCUGCAUGUGACACUUAUGUUGGGUAGAAACUAAAGGCACAUUUUCACAUUGUUGUGUCUGUUAAUUUUUUUCAUCUGCUCACUUCACACACUUUACAUAUCGCAGACUGACUUACUUGUUUGUUUGUUUUUUGCAUGUAAAAUGUUUCUUUAGUUACAAUUCCUGUAAAUGAACACAGCAAAGCAUUUAACUAUUAUUAAGCUAUUUUACAAACUAGCAUUGAGUACUGCAGUUGAUUAGCAAAAUGAAAAGAUGGACCUCACCAACAGCUGAGAGCGACCUAAGGAGUCAUGGACCUGGGAAAGAAGCUCAGCACUCCCAAAGACAUCAUGCUGGAGGAGCUAUCGCUUCUCUCCAACAGAGGUUCUCGGCUUUUCAAAAUGAGACAGAGGAGGUCCGAGAAGUACACAUUUGAAAGCAUUCAAAACGAAGCAAACGCUCUCCUGAACAAUGAUAUUUUGAAUCAGAACAUACACUCUGUGGAAAUUAAGGUGGAGCCACCGGCAAAUGGAGGCGCCGCAAAUUCAGCUUCAGACAUGGCCGCAGAAAAGCUGGACACCAGGCCUGUGCAUAAGACUUACCACUCACCGUGGGAACAGGUGAUCCUUAGUGACCCCAACCUUGCUGAAACUCUGCAGCUCAGAAUGCCAGAGCCAGAGCCGCAGCAGGAGCUCCCUGAAUACAAAUGCUUCAACCGGGUUGCCACUCCUUAUGGUGGUUUUGAAAAAGCUCCAAGAGGAAUCACGUUCAAGCUCCCUGAGGUGGACCUGAACCCGCCGCAGUACCAGGAGCUGAGCGAUCCCCAGGCCAAGCGGCCCACGUUCAACAGGACGGCCCAGGGCUGGAUCUCUGAGGGCACUCAUCUCAUCCUACCAACUAUCACCCUGGAGUCCUUCAGUGUGCCUGAGUCUGAUGACCUGUAGCGGACUCUGCUGGAACGUGGGAACACAACGCAGCCUUUAGUGAUAAAGAUCAACCUGCAGAACGGGACAAAGGAGGAGGGUCUGUUAGUUUCACCACUGUAAUUUCUUUACAGUAUUUAAUAUUAUAGAACCUAACAGAGAAGUUUACUUACCUGUUUUCUGACAGUAGUAUUUAUUUUAUUGACACAUUACAAAACUUGCGUUCAAUAUCCAUAAGGAGGCUGUAAAUAAACAAUAUUCAACUGAUAAGAUGAAUAUUUUAUGUACAUAACAUUUGCACAUCAGAAUGUGCAAAUGUGCUCUGUGCAAUAAAGGCGUCAUUUAUCAUUUAGUGGAAGUUUUAUAUAAGAAUAUAUAAAUGCCUGUCUUCAACUAUGUCUGUUAGAUACAGUUAAGCACCAAAGCAACAUCAAAAUGUUCGGUGAAAUAUUGGAUUAAGAUGAAGAAGUGUUCUGAGUAAAAGCAGCACAUAUAUUUCUUAUCAUCUGGUUCAUCCAGGUCCUAUAAAUCGGGUAGUGCAACCUUAAAUACAAAUUUAUUACACCAGAUGUGAUUUACUGAAAAGUAAACCAAAGGCCAAAACAUGAGAAAGUAAACAGCAGCCUAGUGCUGCUAAUCAAAUGCACUUCACUGUCAGAUCAACAGCAUGUGUCUAUGAAAGGCGAAGCUUUGGGGGCUGAAAAGUCUGCAGCACUCAGGCCUUUUAACACAAUGUGAGCCUGGAGUAAGGAGCAAUCUGGAAAAUAGUCCAAACAGUUUCUAGUGUCCACAGUGACAGACGUCCAAAGUUCUUCUGUCAGACAAACCAGAACAUAAAAAAAAAUGGUAAAACUCCAAAGAGCUUCAUCAUAAACUCUAGAGGCCUCAUUUAACAUGUUGGGUGUUGAAGUUUUGGACAAACCCAUUAGAAAACCUUUGAACAUGAACUUAGUUUUGACCUUUUCUAGAACAGGUGAAAGGCCAUAUUUUAUCACACAGAUGUCUGCUAAAGUAGUUCUUUAGUUGGGUCUUGUAACAGGCAGUGAUUUUUGUUAUGCAUUUCUGUUAAUCGGGUCAGAAAUGUUCUGCUGAAUUUUAAGAGCUGUUAAUCAGUUGAAUAUUUUUGUGUUAACAGGCAUAAGCCCAUAAAAAAAAACGCACAAAGUUUUCAUCAUCUUCAUACUGUAUAUUGUAUGUACAUGAGCCGUUUUGUUGUCAUGUUCAAAAUAUUAAGUGUGUGAGUAGUUCAAGCAACAAUAAAGGAUAAAAUAAGUUUA